AUGGCUUCUUACCACGCUCGUUCCUUGAGUUUCCCAUCAACAGCUCACCCAAUUGCCGAUAAAUUUGAUGAACAGUUGUGCAGAUUGAGGUCUUCUCAAGCUGCAUCUACUUCAUCAUCAUCAUUAAACCAAACACUAACCAACCUCAGAGAUUUAUAUUGCUGUGUUGAUGAGUUGCUUCAACUUCCACUUAAUCAACAAGUUUUGUUCCAUAAUCUACACUCAAAAUGGGUUGAGGAGGUCUUAGAUGGAUCUUUAAGGCUUCUUGAUAUGUGUACCUCAUCUCGGGAUGUCUUGGUACAAUCAAAGGAAUGCCUCCAAGACAUACAAUCGGUCCUAAGAAGAAGGUGUAGUGGUGAACUUAACAUUAAUAAUGAAAUUGUUCAAUACCUAAAAGCUCGAAAAACAUCCAAGAAGAUCAUCAAAAAGUGCUUGAAAGAUAUGAAGGAAUUUGACAACACUAACGAGGCCAAUGGCAUUGAGAGCAUGUUGAAAGAUGCACAAGCGAUGACAGUUAAUGUCUUUACAUCCGUGCUGUCAUACAUAGGUGGUGUGAACUUGGAAUCACGGAAAAGGAAAUGGACUUUACUAAACAAGUUAAUGCACCAGGAUGGCAACAAGGAAGCAGAGACAACAAACAGUGAAUUUGAAGCUGUUGAUGCUACCCUUGAGUCAAUCAUCUGCCAAAAGAACAAAAGAGGCAUGAAUGUGGUACAAGUAGAGAAUAUGAGCCAGAUGCAGAAUUUGGAGUCUGAAAUUCAAGUUCUCGAUGAAACAUUAGAAUCCUUGUUUAGGCAUUUUGUUAAGACUAGAGCAACUCUUCUAAACAUCCUUAGUAAUUAA